GAUAUGAAACCGACUAUUGUUAGCAGCAAUGGGACUGAAUCUGGUCAGAUAAUUGUGACUUCAUUUGGCAGUCAAAAUGGACAUCCAAAUAAGGCAAUGACAGCCAGGAGUCCUAACAUAAGGCUACGAACAACGCUUGGUAGAAAUGCCGCAAG